AUGGCGCUACGUUUGAACAUUGGUAUUGACGUGGCACGUGGUAUGCGUUAUUUGCACGAACUCGCUGCACGCCCAGUAAUCCAUCGCGAUCUCAAUUCGCAUAAUAUCCUGUUGCAUGAAGAUGGCCAUGCGAACUUGCGGUGGAUGGCGCCGGAAAUCUUCACUCAAUGUGGACGAUAUGACCGUAAAGCUGACGUGUUUAGUUUUGCGCUAUGUAUUUGGGAGCUUCAUGCUGCGGAAUUACCGUUCGCUCAUCUGAAACCAGCAGCCGCAGCUGCCGAAAUGGCUUAUAAAAGAGGUGAUCAAUAA